ACUGAAAAGGUUGACGCUUCAACGACAACAUGCACUUCAGCGCAGAUACCACAAUUACCGCGCAACAACUCGAAUAUCGAAACAACAACACUAUCACCGCCACCACUUCAUCCAAAGGGUCCGCGCAAGGAAAAAAUUUCCGUACCAUCAAAUACAAGAGCUGUACCUUCCAUACCAGCUCAACCGGUUUUUCAAAUGGAAUUUGAAAAUGUCGAAGCAGCUCAAUUAUAUAUAAUGAAUAGAAAGCCAACUUUUGAUGAAGAGGUUUUCAUGCCGACACCGUCGGCGCCACAUUGGAAACAAUUCGAUUCCUAA